UGGCUUUGUCCACAUUGGCUUAAGAACAGGAAAACUUCUUGAGAUACGCAAUUCUGAUAGUUGCUCAUUCGAAAGAGGCACUUAAAGAUCUUGUUGCAUUAGAUUUGUAAAACAAACAUCUUACAUUCGAAAAGUUCCUCAACAAGAAUCAGCACGAAAUCUACCAUUUAUGCUAUGACUCACGAUGCUGUCAAUGUCAAAAUACACCACCUAGAAGAAAACGAAUCAUAAUUCCUUCUCAGUUGGAGUUAUUGUUCGAUAAAUACCAAAAGUUAUCUUCACACAAAGAAAUUGGACAUACCGACUACUGCUGCAGUUAUGCGAAAGUUGGUAUCACUUCGCAAGUGUUAGAUCUUUCACUUGCACGAUGUUUGUUGGUUAACUGUUGUUUAGAUGUGUUUUGGUUCACCUGUUUAAACACCCAAGGGCAGACAUUAGAACAGUUUCUUAAUGUAAACAAGCAUUUUAUUUAUCAUCUCUGGAAAAACAACCAAAACUAUUGUCAGUGUCCACCUGGAUUCAUUUUCCCGUGUACCAGCUUUUUGAUCACUGAAAAUGAAUGGAAGAGUAUGUACAGCUCCCAAUUGUUGCCCUGCAAAAAUGAUAGGAAAAGAACGUCAACUGGAUCUUCAAGUGUUUGUUCCGUUCGAGCUUCCCCCGCUAUAGCUACACAAGACAUUAAUCCAGAAAUUCAGCGAUUUAUCCUUCAGAACUAUAGCCAUAUAAGUAAAGCUGUAGAAUUCCUAGUUAAACAAAGAAAUUCGAAAUUUGCUCAUGUACCAGAGGCAAAGAAACCAGAUAGCGACUUUAGACUAUUUUUAAAAGAUAUUGAAAACCACCUUCUUGGAAUAGCUCGUGUUUGUGGAAAGGAGACUCACGUGAAAAAGAUUUUGAGAGAUCUUCACUUGAAACCAUUAUCUUUGAACAUGUUAAGAAAAUAUGAAAAACUACUUCAUAAAAACAUGGAAGCGAUCAACAAGAAUAUAAAUCUACAGUACAGAAUUACUAGACAAUCAAUUCCAAAACUUGUAGACAAAUCAAACAAGAUAAGAAAGAUUGAAGAACGAGUUGAUGAACUAGAAACUUCAGUAGCUAAAAUCACAGAGGAGGUACAGGACUUAAGUAAAAUUAUCAAAGAACGAUCAAAGAGACAAAGACUUAUAGACCAAACAUCUGCUGAAAUUGAGAGCCACAAAAAAGCAGGCACAUACAUAGAGGUAGAAACAGUAAGGCAUUGUAUCCAGUUAUUAGAGAGUAAGCAUGUUGUGAUAUUGUCUGGCAGAGAGGGUAGUGGUAAAAGUAGAAAUGGUUUAGAAAUACUGAGACAGCUCAAGGAAAAAAACAAAGACUUUGAUGUUUUUAAAUUGAUCGGACUAACUUAUGUAUCUGACAUUGUUAAAUGUAAUGUCACAAGUAUUGUGCUUUUUGAUGAUGCUUUUGAUAAAACUAGUAAACAAUUUUCUAACGAUAAACAUAUUCUUGAUCACUUAUACUCCUACAUAACACUAAACAAGGUCAAGUUAUUUUUCACAAUGAGAAACACUGUGAGACAUAGGUGUAAAAUGUUAUUUUCAACGCACAAACUUUUUCAUGAUUUGGUUGAUAUUGAUCUGAAUUCAGAGAAAUUUAAGUUGACGGCGAAAGAAAAAGAAGAAAUGUUUACCAAUUAUUGUGCCAUCAACAAAAUUCGGAUAUCUGAGAAGGAAAAUGAUGAUACAGCACAGCCAGUGGCAAAUGAAGCUGAAAGGGCUAAACCAGAGGAUAACCAGUUAGUGCCAGAAGGAGCUGCUGUAAUUCUGAAAAGAGAAAUAAUUAAUGAAAUCAUACAAACUGAUCCUUUUCUCGGAUUUCCAGAAUGCUGUCGAUUAUUUACUGAGGAUCGCAACAGCACUCAUUUAGAUACUUCUUGCUCCAAAUGGCCUUCGACUAUUUUGGUUAAUGAUAUUGAAAAAUUAAGAAUGGAAGGAACAAACAAUUAUGUCAAUGGACUAAAGUAUGUUAUAUUGAUUUAUGUACUUACGAAGGGUUAUCAACAUCAACAAUACGAAAGCUGCUUUUAUAGAACUAAUCGUGCAUUAGUCAAAGAGAACAUUGAUUCACAGGACUUCAAACAAUUUUUUCAAAUAUGUUACAACAUGAAUGUGGAGGUUCAUACAUCUGAUAUAGUACAUGUAUGUAAAGUAUUGACAGAACGUUAUCUAGGUCACAGAGAUGGUGCUUACCACUUUCAACACAAAGCCAUAGAAGACAGUGUCCUAAUUUCUUAUAGCAGAAUUAACAUAAAGGCCAUCAUACCCCUGCUUAGUUUCGACCACGUGGUAGAUAUAGUUCGCUUACAAAAUUACACAGAACAGGAAGAUGAGAUUGUAAUUAAAAUAUUAAAACCAUAUUAUCCGGAACUAGCCACAAAGAUUAUUUCUAGUUUAUUUUCCCAGAUUGAUCCUCAUAGGUUUUUAGAAUCAAAAUUGAUUACGGAAAACGAUGUAGACCUUAUUUAUCAAUUGAUUUUUUGUAUACAAAAUGAAAAAGUUAUCCUAGAUUAUUACGACCAAAAUUUCGUCAUCCAUUUCUUACCAUUAUAUUUACUUAGAAGCACAGGAAAACUUGAUGACAAGUUGUUAACUGUCAAUCAUACCAAAUAUCAAAUGUCCAUAUCAGUUACCAUUGGAGACAAAAAUAUUACCCUCUCCAUAGAUCCACAUAUUGCUUUGAACGAAGCAUGUAUAUAAAAAAAUAAUGAAACCUUUAAAUGGUUGUUAAAAAUUACCAACCAUUCAUUUUUCGGAUAUCUGCUUUGAUAUAAUGGUGGAUGGAUGUUUUGAAAAUACAAAGUUGCUAUUAAAGAAUGUAAAACAUAAUAUGAUUGAUAUGACGCAAUUAUUUUUAGAUACAUGCCUCAGUUGUAACAACAAAGACAUAUAUAAACUACAUUGGAUAGUGGAUAAUGUCGAUAACUCUUUAAUAGACUUUAAUGAAUGUAUAGAAGAAAUGAUCAAUGAGGUCGACCCUGAUAUUAUAUU